CCUAAACAAGAAAGGAAGAACCAACAAUAUAUAUAUUUUUUUUACUAAUUAUUAUUGUUGUUAUUAAUACUGUUCGUCUAUUUCCAUCAGCUCUUCUGGAACUUAAAUCGUCCUUUGCCGGUAUCCAAGACCUGAUUUUUCCCUUUUAUUUUUGUGCGCAUGUCAUCGCUAAACUGUUCGUCGGGCGCUGUCAGUUUCAGUUGCGUCCGUCUCCUUUUAUUACAGUUAUAAUUAUAUUUUUUUCAUCAAUGGGUUUGCUGAAUGGCCGACUGCAAGCACCUCUGGACUUGGCCUCUUAGCGCGCGGCUGCUAUUCGGCUCGUCUUCUUACAGCCUUUAACAUCCAAGUCUGUUCUGCUUAAGCAAUUUUACAAAUUUUAUUUUGUGCGGGAUUCGCCGGAGAAAUUCAACGAAAUAAUAAUUUAAAAAAGAUAUAUACGCCUUUUUCUGUCUCCGAGCUCAUAGCUGAAGCACCACAAUACCAAAAACGGAAGACAAUAAAAAGUUACUUAACGUUGGCUGAUAGAUAUGGCAAUGGCAGUAUGGAGAGGCUCCCAGGACGAUGUGGCCGAGACCCCGGGGACCCUCUCUUCGCAGACCCCUCAAGGACCGCUGUCUCUACCAACCCCUCAAUCUGGGCAUCUGAACCUGGCCGCCUCUCAGGUCGCUCCACCGAACCCGCAAACGCCCGUCCAAGGCGGUGGACCACCGGGAAGCACAACGCAGUCCACGCCGCCCAACCACACCGGCCAGGCGCCGGACAAACAGCAACCCCAGCACAUCGAGUGUGUGGUUUGCGGGGACAAGUCGAGUGGCAAACACUAUGGCCAGUUCACAUGCGAGGGCUGCAAGAGCUUCUUCAAACGGAGCGUACGGAGGAACCUGACCUACACAUGCAGAGCCAACAGGAACUGUCCCAUUGACCAGCACCACCGCAAUCAGUGCCAGUACUGCCGCCUUAAAAAAUGCCUCAAGGUUGGCAUGAGGCGGGAAGCGGUUCAAAGGGGACGGAUGCCACCCACGCAGCCACACCACGGCCAGUUCGCCUUGACAAAUGGAGACCCUCUGCACUGCCAUUCAUACUUAUCCGGAUAUAUCUCUCUCCUUCUGCGAGCGGAGCCCUACCCAACGUCCCGAUACGGCAGCCAGUGUAUGCAGCCCAACAACAUCAUGGGCAUCGAAAACAUAUGUGAACUGGCGGCCAGGAUGCUUUUCUCUGCCGUGGAGUGGGCCAGGAAUAUCCCCUUCUUCCCAGACCUGCAGAUUACGGACCAGGUGGCCCUCCUGAGGUUGACCUGGAGCGAGUUGUUUGUGCUGAAUGCAGCGCAGUGCUCCAUGCCUCUCCAUGUGGCUCCUCUGCUGGCGGCCGCCGGCCUUCACGCCUCCCCCAUGUCCGCGGACAGAGUGGUGGCCUUCAUGGACCACAUUAGGAUCUUCCAGGAGCAAGUGGAGAAGCUGAAAGCUUUGCACGUCGACUCGGCCGAGUACAGCUGCUUAAAGGCCGUAGUGCUUUUCACCUCUGACGCUUGUGGUCUCUCAGAUGUGGCCCAUGUUGAGAGUUUGCAAGAGAAGUCUCAGUGCGCUCUGGAGGAAUACGUUAGAAGCCAGUACCCGAACCAGCCGACGCGAUUUGGGAAACUUUUACUUCGCCUGCCGUCUCUUCGCACGGUCUCCUCCUCGGUCAUAGAGCAAUUAUUUUUCGUCCGUUUGGUAGGUAAAACGCCAAUUGAAACGCUUAUCAGGGAUAUGUUGCUUUCCGGAAGCAGUUUUAACUGGCCUUACAUGCCGAUUCAAUAAACAGAAGGAGAAAAAAAAUAAACAACGAUACAGAGACUACUGUAGUUACCGCUUCUUUUAAAAAGAAAACGGCUGUUACACAAAUUUAUUUACACCAGAAAGACAUUUUCUGAAAUGACUGUGAAUUUUAAAAAUGAUACAGUAUGUGAACUUUUAAAAUCCCGUGGAAGGCUCUCUUGUUCCGAAUAAUUCGCUACUUAAUCUUUGUGUUGAAAUACUUUUGGGGUAUCGACCUUUUGAGGGAAAGUAAACUCUAAAGUGCAUUAAGAAGAAUUUGGUGACAUGUAGGAGAAAAGUGUUAAAAUGGUUACCUUCUCCAAAUGCCCUACGCCCCGUGUCCGUGUACAUUUGGCUGUUUUUGUAUUUAUUCUCCUGUCUGGUUCCAAACCAGCUUAUGUGAUUCUGUAGUAUACAGUUUUGAUAUUACCAUGGUAUUUUAUGAAACAGUAAGUGAUGUAAAGAAAAAAAAAUGUUCUUCUAGAAUUAAAACUGAAAACAUGGCAAUAUAGGGGAAGCGUUUCCACAAUGAGAAAUACUGCAGGUGCACUUACCGUACUGGCAAAGUAUGAUUUACUUAGGUGGGGAGAAAUGAUGAGAAAUGGUUUUAAUUUUUAUUUAGGGAAUCAAAUAGAAAUACGCCCGCUAAAAUAGGUAUGUGAAGACAAAAAAAUGAAUUGCUGGUCGAUGUCACUAGUUAAAGACCAGUAACCCUGGCAUCAGUGUUCACCAAACUUUACUUUAGAACAGCGCUCUCACCUUUUUAGGAGUCAGGAGUACUUUGCCGAGCGCUAGCAUAGCGUAGCAUCUCCAUUUAGCUAAUUAUGGAUAUUCCAGCCCAGCAGAUCUCCGUUGCUUUAACAUCAUUAACCCGAUUUACUAUUACGCAUGAAGCAAACAUUUCACCAAGAAACACGUAUUUGAUUUUUUUUUUAUUACGUCAAAACGAAGUCAAAGUUUGCGGGUUUAAAUAUGAAUUGGAGUAAGAAAACGGUUCGUUAUGCAAUUUUAUUUGCCUGUGUUUUUUUGCGGGCUUCACUGAUGCCAGUCAUUAGUGAAAAUAUUAAGUUAUGUCAUCGACGAAAAAUGUGGUUCAAGGGUCAAUUUACUUUUCGUGUCAGAGCAAAAUAUUUUUAGAACGUGUAUUAUCUCACCUAAAUCGUUGAAAUGUAAUACAUUUCUUAACGCCCAAUCCAUGUCCAACAUAAAGUGCCUGUGAAGAGUGUGUCG